UUUUCCUUUUUUUCCUUUUUUUUCCUUUUUCCCCUUUCUUUCUUCCUUUUCUUUAUUUCCUGACUGCAUUUGCCCACUGAAGCACCUUGCCCCCCUCCCAUGGAGUCCAUGGUGGGGGCAGGGUGGGCAGCAGCAGCCCUGGCCAUGUGUGCCCUGCACACGCCACCCCCAUCAGUCCCUGGCUGAAGUUCUGAACCAGAAAUGCUUCCUCAGGCCUCCUCCAUCUCUUGGACAUGGUGAUCACACCUCCCUGUGACAGUGAGCAAAUCCCUUGUGUCAGGGUGAAAAUUGAAAUAGGAUGAUGGAAAAAAGGUAGGGAUUCCAGGCCAGGAGAUCCCUGCUGGCUUAAAUUUUCCUGGGGCUCAACAAACCCCAUGUGAUGAGUUGCUCUUUGUUGGAACCUGUACUUUUUUAAGUGGAACCCUUGUUUGUGACAGCUGGUUAUAACAGAGCAGGAAACAGGAUAAAGAAAAGAAAAAAUUAACUGGUACAGGGUGAUGCCAUGUCCCCAGCCCAGGGCUGGGGAAGAGCAAGCUCAGUGACUGUGGCACCCAGGGAAUGCUGUGACUGACCAGGGGCAGGGAAACAUUUCCUUGCUGUAAAUACAUCCAGGAGGGGGAGAGACACAUGCUUGGAAUAGGAGGGGCUGGGUAGACAAAGAACUCCAAGAGGUGUGGGUGGAUGCCCUCUGCUCCUGGGUUUCUCUGUGUGCUUCUUCUGCAGUCAGGUACCCAACGUGGAACGGCAGCUCUUUGGACUCCAAAAUCCCAGCGUCUGUGAAGUAUGGACCCAGGAAAGUUCCAACCACCAGGGAGAUGGGAUCAGAGCCGUACCACUAGGGACCCCCUUGCCUCAUGGGGGGCUGUGCUCUUCUCCCCCAGCUCACAGUCCCCCUUCCUCCUCAGGGCUCACUUCUGCCCACACCCUGCCCCAGCUUGCCCCAUGGCAGGUACGAACCAGACACAGGUGACAGAGUUUGUGCUCCUGGGCUUUUCCCACGGCCGGCCUUUCCUCUUUGCUCUUUUCCUGGCCAUUUACCUGGCCACGCUGCUGGGAAACUCUGCAAUACUUUUCCUCGUGUCCCUGGAUCCCCACCUCCACAGCCCCAUGUACUUCUUCCUGAGUCACCUGUCCUGCCUGGACCUUUGCUACUCAUCAGUGACGGUGUCCAAGAUCCUGGCGAACGCCCUGCGCUCGCAGGCGACCAUCUCCUACAGGGGGUGCCUGGCGCAGACGUUCCUGCUGAUGUGGUGCGCGGGGGCUGAGUGUGCGCUGCUGGCCGUCAUGGCCUUCGACCGCUUGGCCGCUGUGUGCCGGCCCCUGCGCUACAGCCAGGCCCUGCGCCCCAGCACCUGUGCCAGCGCCGCUGCCGGCUGCUGGCUCUGGGGGCUGCUGGACUCGGCCCUGCACACCCUCCUGGUGGCCCGGCUCUCCUUCUGCGGGGCCGCCCAGCUCCAGCACAUCUUCUGCGAUGUGCCGCCGCUGCUGGGGGCCGCCUGUGGCGACACCCGCCCCAACGAGCUGGCCCUCCAUGUCUCCAGCAUCUUUGUGGGCCUCGGUCCCUUCCUGCUCGUCAUCAUCUCCUACCUUUGCAUCCUGGCCACUGUCCUUGGGAUGCCGCUGGCCACCAGCCGGCGCAAGGCCUUCUCCACCUGCUCUGCACACCUGAUCGUGGUCACCCUGUACUUCGUGGCAGCCAACCUGAACUACAACCGGCCCAGCUCGGGCUACUCCCCGGCAGCUGACACGCUGGUCUCUGUGUUGUACUGCAUCAUCAUCCCCAUGCUGAACCCCCUCGUCUACAGCCUCCGCAACCAGGAGGUGUGGGGGGCCCUGCGGAAGGCUGUGCGGGUGAGUGCCACACCAGGCUCCCCAGGCAACAACGCCUGAGCAGUGCCAGGGCUGCCACAGGCUGCCGACACAGUGCUGCCACUGCAAUGUCCAUCCGUGGGACGUCUGUGACAGCACAGCGAGCCUGGGGCCCCCAGCCCAAGCACAUGGCACACUGCCACCACUCAUCUCACCCACGGCACAUCACUGAGAGCAGAAUGCCAAAAUAAACUCAGGAACAAGGUUAC